AUGGAAAGUUUUAGAACCAUACAGAACUGUUGUAUAUCGGAAUUUCUAGGCACAAUGCUCUUCGUGUUCUGUGGGACGGCUUCUACAUUGCGUUUUGAUACAGAAACCCCUCCUUCUAAAGAAAGUAUUGGGUUUGCAUUUGGUCUCAGCUUCGCUGUGCUGUUGAAUCUUACCGCUUCUUGGAGCUGUGGUUACUUCAAUACUGCUGUAACAAUAGCAAGGAUGAUAAGGAGGAGGAUAUCUCCCUUAUUUGGCUUAUGUUGUAUUGCUGUACAGUUUGUUGGAGGUAUUCUUGGUUCAGGCCUUCUAUACCUACUCUCUCCUGACAACAUCCAGAAAAGCGAUCUUGGUGCUACAAGACUUGGCGUCCAUGUUCCACUGUACACUGGAGUGUGUGUAGAACUAAUCAUGACCUUUCUACUUGUUAUCACGGUUUUGCUUUGUGCUGAUGGUAGCAGAAAGAUGUCUGAUAGCGAGACAGCCUUGUGGUCUGGCUUGGUGUAUGUCGGAUGCCAUCUUGCUUCGUUCCAUAUAACUGGCUGUGGGAUGAACCCUGCAAGAUCAUUGGGACCAGCUGUAAUAUCAGGUGUCUGGGAGUUACACUGGGUCUACUGGGUGGGUCCAAUACUGGGCUCAAUCCUUGCCUGCCUUCUGCAUUACUUAGCAACUAACUUUCCUGUCAUCACUGAUGAAGACAUGGCAGUAAAAGGAGAAGGGAUUGAUCUGGACAUGGACCUGGAAGUGGUCAGUGAUAAGAUUGUUAUUGACAAUGAUGAUGAUCAUCUCAGUGAUAAAAACAUGCCAAGCCCAAUACUACCAGAUUCUCCAAGACUUGAUCAAGUACCUACUGAGAUGAAAACAUACAUGUGA